GUUUCCUGUAAUGGGCAGAGCUAGUCGCUUCAAGUAAAUGUAGUCUUUUAACCUUUUAACUUGGACGGUCUUCACUCACGAUUGACUGACAGUUUAGGUGACAGAAAUAAAUCUUUAUAAGCAGAGGGAUGUGUUUUGUACACCAAGAUGAUCGAGUCCCACGUCGGUAACAGUGAGAUUCUGGAUGUUAUGUCAAUUCCAAUGUAAUGGCCACAGUCGUAUCAGCAUGGUUUCUAUCCAUUCUGAUGACUGGCUGUGCUGUUUCUGUCAAAGGUCUUGUAAGUCCUUCUCCCCCUAAAUGCCAUAUUCCGUGUGGUGAGAGCAGUUGUAGUCCACACAUCAUCUGUACAUUGGAUUCAAAGCAUGUCCCCAAUAACAGUUUAACCUACACUUUACACUGGGAAGAUCAUAAGGAAGAGGUAACAGAUCACAGGGCAAUAAUCCAGCGUGAUUUCUUUACUAGCCACAGCGAACUACAGGUUUGGGUUCAGAUUCAGGACCAAGAUGGAACUGUUUUUAAAUCUGAGACAGUUUCCUUUAAUACAGCAGACAUCAUUAAGCCACUUCCACCAAAGAUAGAAAUAUCAGCUCCUCAAGAGGACAUAGAAAUUCACUGGGAACAUUCAUGUGACCAACUGAUGCUUAACCUAGGGCACUGUACGGUCCGCCAUAAAACAGAGGCAGAGCCAGCAUGGACUCAGCCAGAUGAAGGUGGUGUGUCUGGCAGCUAUACACUCUACAAACCAGAGCCCAGCACAAACUAUUUAUUUCAGGUCCGUUGUGCUUGUGGCUCAAGCAUGAUGAGUGACUGGAGUAAGGUCCAUGCAAUAAGGAGUGCAGAAACAGCCCCUGUUGGAAAACUAGAUAUUUGGAGAAACUGUGACAUGUUACCUUUAAGCUCAGACUGUGUUCUCAUCUGGAAGAAGCUUCCCAUGUCUGAAGCCCGUGGACACAUUUUAGGCUAUAAUUUGACAUUAUAUUGUAAUAAUGGGACUACCGUGACUUUGAAUGAGUCUGCUGCAGAGUCAGUUUCUCUGAUCUGUACUGAGGUCCAAUGCUAUCAUAACUCCUCACUUAAGGGUGUUAAAUCCGUCAGUAUUAAUGCAUACAAUGCACUUGGUAUGACACCAUCUUCUCAUCUGACCAUACAAACACCAGUACGAAUAACCGAUCAAAGAGCCAUUGAUCUGAAGAUGAACGAAAACAAUUUAACUGUCUCCUGGAAUACCACUUGGAUUACUGACAAUAUCAGUGAAUUUGUGGUGCAAUACAAAGAAGCUAGAUCUCCAUUGGGCAAAGGAUUUGAUUGGGUCAGAGUUAACACAAGUCUAACAAAAAUAACAAUCAAAGGGCAGUUCAAGAAUUACACAGCCUAUCUAGUGUCUGUGUUCAUUGUAUUGGAUUGCAUGGUGAAGUUAUAUUGCGAAGAUAUCGUACACUUUGUCCAAGGAAUACCUGCUAAAGUACCUAUGUUUAAAGUGCUUACAUAUGGUACCACACAUGUGACAUUACUGUGGGAGCCUGUUCUGCUCUCCAAGCACAAUGAUGUCACUCCAUAUUAUCAAAUAGGAUAUGGCAAAGAUAAUGUGUAUAAUUUAAGUGCAUACCCACAAAUAGGAAAUAGGACUUUUACGCUGACAAAUCUCACUGAAGACCAUGAAUAUGUGGUGUGGAUAAAAGCAGUGAAUCAGGCUGGACCUGGACCUAAUGCUACUGUGCUGUUUAAGACGCGGGCCACUGAAAAUAUAGGAACAGCUGUACUAUUGUUUAUUGGAUUAUUGUUCCCUUUAGUCUUACUUCUAGUUUGUGUGUUAUCUUGUAGGAAAAAUAAAACAUGUCCCAUUGCCUCUUUGUAUGAGAAAGUACCAGAUCCCCACAAUAGUAAAAUCAUUGGGGAAAUACAAUUCCAGAUAAAUGAUUCCUUGGCCUGGCUCUGCAUUCCUGCAACAGAACAACAACUUCCCAAAAUAUCAAUAAUUGAAAUAGUGAACAUCCCACAGUGUGCUUUCAACUCCAAAAUGGACAAAGAAAUGAAUUCUGAUGUUGGUGACAAUACAGUGGAAGAGGAGCAUAAAAAGACACAGUGUGGAUCUGGCAAACAGGAGUACAGUAAAAUGAUUGACUCUGACGAAGACAAAUAUGAGGAGGAAGCAGAGACGGAUACUUAUUCAUCAAGCUCAGGGGAAGAGCAUACAGGUUAUGAACAGCACUUUAUGCCAACAGAACAAGACAUAAAGGAGAUAGAGGAGUGGGAAAGGACAGAGAAAUCAUGGGAUGAAGAAUGACAUAUUUUAGACAGAUUGGUCUACAACCUUUGCUUUGUAAUCACAAUAAUGAAAACUUUAGGAACAUUUGAUUCUGUGACCUUCUAACUGCUGGUUGGAGACAUUUAUAUUUUUUAUAUUAUUAUAGCCAAGUUUUUGCAGAACUAUUUUUAUACUGUUCUUUUGUUUUUUAAAAUUAUUUGUUUUCCACUUUAA